AUGCCCGGGGACCACCGCCGCAUCCGCGGGCCCGAGGAGUCGCAGCCGCCGCAGCUGUACGCGGCCGACGAGGGCGAGGCGCCGGCCCCUCGCGACCCGGCACGGCUGCGGCCGGUGUACGCGCGCGCCGGGCUGCUGAGCCAGGCCAAGGGCUCGGCCUACCUGGAGGCGGGCGGCACCAAGGUGCUGUGCGCCGUGUCGGGCCCGCGCCCGGCCGAGGGCGGUGAGCGCGGCGGCGGCCCGGCCGGGGCGGGCGGCGAGGCCCCCGCGGCGCUGCGCGGCCGCCUGCUCUGCGACUUCCGCCGCGCGCCCUUCUCGGGCCGCCGGCGCCGCGCCCCACCGGGCGGCGGCGAGGAGCGCGAGCUGGCGCUGGCGCUGCAGGAGGCGCUCGAGCCGGCCGUGCGCCUGGGCCGCUACCCGCGCGCGCAGCUGGAGGUGUCGGCGCUGCUGCUGGAGGACGGCGGCUCGGCGCUGGCCGCCGCGCUCACAGCCGCCGCGCUCGCGCUGGCCGACGCGGGCGUUGAGAUGUACGACCUGGUGGUGGGCUGCGGCCUGAGCCGCGCGCCGGCGCCCGCGCCCGCCUGGCUGCUGGACCCCACGCUGCUGGAGGAGGAGCGCGCCGCCGCCGGCCUCACCGUGGCGCUCAUGCCGGUGCUCAACCAGGUGGCUGGGCUGCUGGGCAGCGGGGAGGGCGGCCCGACCGAGAGCUGGGCGGAGGCCGUGCGCCUGGGGCUCGAGGGCUGCCAGCGCCUCUACCCCGUUCUCCAGCAGUGCUUGGUGCGGGCCGCCCGCCGGAGGGGUGCCGCUGCGCCCCUCUGAGCCAGAGACCCGAGCAACGACGGACGCCAAGGACCGAGCCGCAGCUGCCGCCACAAGGACCCGCGCCGUCGGCCUGCAAACGCGUGCGCCGAGCUGAGAACCGGGAGCACCGGAGAGGAUCUGCGGAGGCGUGCCCAGAAUAGCCGUGUUGGAGCGAUUCUUUCCAGACUGCUUCGUUAAAGAAACUUUUCUAAUUGACUCCCAGCCACGAUCCAGUUGAAGAAACCUGCCAGCGCAUCUUGACUCCUAAGUUGGAAAGGACUUCCGCUGUACUCAUCGGGAAAACGAGGCCUAUGCAGGCCAGCCCGGGACUCCCUCCUGAAUAACUGGGCUGCUUCUGAGAGCGGGGACAAGGAGGCUGUGCCUUCCACGUAUAUCUGAAUCCAAACAAAAACUCUUUUUAUAAUCUGAAA